UCGAUGUCGGAGCCUCGGGAAGGUGGGAUCGUUUCGCGUGCUCGCCGCCCUUUCACACCCCGUCAUCGUGUUCAUUUGUCGCACGCGUACACGCAUGUGAAGAACUGUUGUGCAGCUAUCACAAGUGAGAUUAUCCACAAGUGGGAGCGACGAUAAACAGCGAGCGUCAGUCCGGAGGUAAGCGUCGAAUCCGAUAGUCGGAUCUGACUGUUGCCGGACCGAAGAAACAUUCAUCCGGACGAACAUCAAGCGAUUUUGUCCGUUUUUGGAUCAUCAGAUCUAAGGCUGCUUUCCAUUCCUUGUUGCCACCUACGAUUUCGCCGUCGACGAUUUAUCUUCCACGACUUCCGCCAAGAUCGUAAAUUCACCCGGAAGGGAAACGUUUGUCGGGAAAUCCGGCGAGCUUUAAUGAUAAUAGCGACCGUUAUAUCCGCCGAGGAGUUUAUCGACGACGAAUCUAGACGCGCGUUGGAUCUGUCGUUUCUGACCGGAGUCUCUUCUUUGGGACUAAUAAUCCCUUAAAUUACGAAGAAUGGAGGAAUCCUCUCAAAUUAUCGAUUACGAUUUUCCGUAAAGGAUAAUUUAACGCGUGUUUCUGGAGGCAGGUGAAGAUUUAUCCUCGGCAACGCUAUCAUCAGCCGUGCGACAGGACGAAUGCGCACGAAAUCAGAGAGAGAGAAUGCUCGGUUGGUCACUCUGGAUAUGGGAUGAUAUCUCGCGCAUCGACGACAAUGGGACGGUAGAUCGAGAUCGGUAAACGCAAAAUGGAUUGGGCACCUCGGAUCAGGUAGCCAGGAACCGACAAAGACAGUCGUGCGGCCAGCAAUCAAUUGUCAAGGGGAAUCAUUCUAAUAAACCUUGUCUCCGUGAACAUCCGCGCUCUCCGAUCGUCACGUUUCCGUAUAAAACUGCCCCAUAUUCUCGGAAUAAAUUUUUCUAUUCCUUUCUCUUUCUUUUUCCUUCAGAGGAAAAGAUUGACUCGACUCUUCCUUGUGAUCUUUAAGACUGUUCUACAUUAUUUACUCCCUACUGUUUGUCACUUGUCAUCGUUUAUCAAAGUAAAGACUGAAAUUUAAGUUGGUCGGUUCAUCGGUCAAUUCGCGUAAUCGAUCUUUGGUCUCGCUAUCUAUUUUUCUCACUCCCGCGAAACGGAACAAAUUAUCAAAGUUCAAAAAGUCACAAAAAUCACCAAAAUUGCGGAGCUUUUUCGCAUCUCACGCGCAUUCGAUCAUUCUCAUUUUGGAAGACUGAUCAAAAUACGAAGACUGAUUUGCUAUUGCCCCGCAUUAAUUUACCCCAACAAUCGAGAAACAGAACAACAGAUCACAUAUCUUUACGCAUACAUAUCCUGCGAGAUCUUCUCAAUCCGAUUAGUCGUCGAAUCGUUCACGCGAAGUUGUCGGAGACUAAAUAUCGGACGUGCUUCGCGAAAUAGAUUAUAUGUGCUGUGAUAUAUGGCAUAUAUAUACAGACACGAAAAGGAUAUGUACAUGUGUAUGUAUAAGUGAGGAAGGUUCCGGAUGUUGCCUAAUGUACACGAAGGAAGUGGCGUAUAGCGGAAGUCACUUGGUGAACGGCCAUAUAAAUUGGAACGCAUCGAUUUUCCCUCAAGAUCAACGAUGAUGAUGAUGAUGACGACGCGAAUACCGGACAAGCCGUCGCGAUAAAGUGAUCGAUCCGUGAUACAUUACGGACGCGUGAUAUUUAGUGACGUAAAGUGAGAGUCAGUGUUACUGCUGCAUGAGGACGUAAGGGUACAGGAUGGGUUGUGGACAGAGCAAGAUCGGCAACAUUUAUCCGAAGAACAAGAAGAAUAAAAACAACAGCGCGAAGAAAAACGGCGAUUCCAUCCGUAACGCAUCGUCUGUAGAGCAGAAGAACGGAAAUGGCAACGUCAAGGGCAACAAGACGAACAACAAUGGUGUCGAGGUGAACAGAAACGAGGACCAAAAUGGCGGCGUCGAUGCCAAGGGACAAGCGAAGAAGAAACCGACCGCGCCUGGGGGCGGACCUCUGCUGCAACAGGCAGAGAUAUCCACCAGCCAGCUAGAUUUCUUCAAGAUGCUCGAUGAGAAAAUUGAGAACGGCCCGGAUUACGAUGAGAGCCUCGACACGACCAAUCAAGCUGAACGAGUGUCCAGUCUGCUUCGCCGCUGGGAGCUGGCCAGCGUUACCUGGUCCAGCGUGUCCGACCUGGACAGCACCUCCUUGUCGUCUAAUCAGAAGAGCCGCGCGCCCGCGCUGAACAGUCCCCGGCAGAGCCUGAGCGCCAAAGACCGCGAGGGCAUGAGGAACAUAGUGGGCGGUAGACCGGAGAGCGCUCCGAUCUUUAUGCGUAAUGCGAAUCGCGUGGACGGUUUGCAGGACAGCAGUCACUAUUGCCCGUCGCCGAAUAUGCCGCGACACGUGCUCGAGUCCAUCACGCAGAGCCCGACCCAGAGCGUGAAGACGGCCACGCCGCCAGGCUGCGCGUCACCGAUCGGGUCGCGUUACGUUCAGGACGGCUACGGUAAGGAGUGUUGCUCGGUCGUGAGCAGCGAGCAGCAGCAGCAGCUGCCGCCGCCGAAAAAGAUCCACUACGUCGGCCAGAAUCCGGUGAACGGCGAAUACGUGACGCAGCAGGCGCUCUAUCGCGAACAGUAUCUGCAACAGACCGGUAUAAUUACCGUCGCGCCUCAGUACUCGGCUGCCUCGCCUGGCGGCAACGUCCUCAGGAACAAUCCGUACGUUCAGCACUUUCAGAUCGCCGCGAAUCCCCAGCACUUCGUCGCGCCCGCGAGAAGACGGGGUUUCAACGCCGCGCAGAUGACGUGACCAGGAUGGGAGCAGCGAUCGACGAGAUAAGACUGAACUCUCGGAGAGAAUCGAGACAUACCCCCGAUGAGGAGGAUCGUUAGAGAGACGGAGAGACGCUUCCUCUGCGUGAUGGACUAAUAGAAGGAGGAGAGAAAAGGGGGAAAGAUGAUGAUAAAGGAGAGUAAAAACGAAGAGAAUGAACCGGACAAUGAGAAUGCGAAUCGUACUCUGUGUUCCUUAAAGCUUUCGCGCUUCGAAUCUUUUUCUCGGUAAUGAUUUCCACAAGACUCUGGGAAGCAUGCAUCGACGGUGGCCUAAGUCAUCCGAUCAGAAAGAAUAUCAUCCAAAGAAGGAACGAGAAGAGCAAAGUACCGUUUCGCGUGCACAGGAGAUGGAAUAUUCUUCGCUACAAGUGCCAAAAUAUUAUACAAGCGAGCCGAUGCAAAUGCAAAAUGGAAAAGCUCAUCGCGCUGUCCGCCCGAAACAAUACUUUGUUCUUCUGACGCGAGGACUCGGAAUGCGCGUACGCGAUAUAUCUUAUUCGUCUAAUUCCUGAUUUCUGAUUUCCUCUUUUUCUAACCAGUAGCGUCUCCACGUACUCCCCGAGUAUUUCACGGGUGGAAGCAUACGCGACCGGCGUUUUGUAUAUUACAUGUAUAUUAUAUACGGCGAAUAUAUAUGUAUGUGUACGCGAAUGUAUGUAUGAAAGUAUGUAUGUGCAUGUGGAUACAUGUGGGUGCGUGUAUAAAGAUACAUAAGUGCAUAUAAAAAAUUGAACAAAGAAAGAGAUUAAAAGAUUCUUAUAAUUAUACGCUGUGUAUAAAUUCGCUGUACGUAUAUUGUAUGGAUACGUUUAACUUAAUGUGAUGACUGUAUAUUUAUAUGUUGACCAUGUUUAAAGUUAACUAUAUAUAAUAUAGUUGAUGAUGAGAAUUUUAUAUUUCAUGUUACGCGAUUACGCUCUAUAUAUACAUAUGGAAUAUACACAUAAUCAAACUCGCA